AUGGCUUCUCUUCGCUCCUUGUUCGUCCUCGCUCUGAUCCUCGUCUCCCUUCCCGCACUCUACGCCGCGUCCGCGCCACUGCGGGGCGAUGUCGCUGCUGGGGGAAGCGCUGGCGAGGACGCGGCGAGUUGGGGCCGCAUGCUGCUGGAAGCGAGCGGCGGUGACGUGGACGUGGGUGUCGAGGAGGAGGAGGUGGGGGAGGCGACGGACGGGCUGGACGAGGCGGUGCGGGUGCUGCUGAGCUGGAAGAAGAUCAAGAACGGGAUCAAGAACGCGGCGGGCAAGGCGGGAGGGCUGGCGAAGAAGGUGGUGCAGAAGGGCGGCGUUGAAGCGCUCAAGGCGGCGGCCAAGGGGUACAGCAACGGCGGCAUGAAGGGCGCGCUCAAGGCCGGCGAGUCGGUCGCGCAGGAGCUUCAGGAGGUGGAGCUGUUCGUCGCGCGCGUUAAAUCGCAGCCGAAUCCGCCUGUGGCCCUCCGAGACCUCGCGUUCCACGUGGAACAAAUAGCUCGCUCUCUAGAAACGGACCUCCGGCGUGACUUGGAGCCUAUAGACCUCUUGAAGCGAUCCACCUUCAAACGCGGACAAGGGGCCAUCAGCUCUCUGCAUGCUCUUCACACCAUCGCUGCCAGCUUAAUUCCUACCGCCACCUCUCUGCUCCCUCCGCCUGACGGACCAGAGAGGGUGCUUUCCUGUGAAUGGCAACCUCCUCUUCGAUACUCUUUCUCCCCCCUCCUCUCCCCCCUCUUCUCGCCUCUCUUCUCCCCCCUCUUCUCCCCCCUCUUCUCCCCCCACUUCUCCCCCCUCUUCUCCCCCCUCUUCUCCCCCCUCUUCUCCCCCCUCUUCUCCCCCUCUUCUCCCCUCUCUUCUCCCCCCUCUUCUCCCCCCUCUUCUCCCCCCUCUUCUCCCCCCUCUUCUCCCCUCUCUUCUCCCCCCUCUUCUUCCCCCUCUUCUCCCCUCUCCUCUCCCCCCUCCUCUCCCCCCUCCUCUCCCCCAUCCUCUCCCCCCUCCUCUCCCCCCUCCUCUCCCCCCUCCUCUCCCCCCUCCUCUCCCCCCUCCUCUCCCCCCUCCUCUCCCCCAUCCUCUCCCCCCUCCUCUCCCCCCUCCUCUCCCCCCUCCUCUCCCCCCUCCUCUCCCCCCUCCUCUCCCCCCUCCUCUCCCCCCUCCUCUCCCCCCUCCUCUCCCCCAUCCUCUCCCCCCUCCUCUCCCCCCUCCUCUCCCCCCUCCUCUCCCCCCUCCUCUCCCCCCUCCUUUCCCCCCUCCUCUCCCCCCUCCUCUCCCCCCUCCUCUCCCCCUUCCUCUCCCCCCUCCUGCCCCACUCUCUUCUCCUGCCCUUCUCGCUGCACGCCCACACCUGCUGCUCUCCGUCGCAUACCCACCACCCCCGGCACUGCCCCUGCCACCCCCCUGCACCCCCACUGGCCGGCGUUUCUCGUCCCGGUGCUGGCAGACAUACAGGCCGCAGAGCAGGGCGUGGGUGUGGAGGGACAGCAGGAGCAGCAGCGAGUGGGCAAUAAGGGUGCGGGUACUGCCUUCUCCUCGUCCUUCUCCUCCUCCCCCCCCUCCACGUGCCUUGACUCGCCUGCUGCCAAGCGGCUCAUCUCCACGCACGUAUACCCAUCGCUGUCAGCUGCGUCUGAGACAGGAUCAGAAGAGAAAUACUCGGUGGAGGAAGGACUUUUUGAAGAAGAGUACUUGGAGCAAGGGCAUUCGGUGGAGAAGGAGGAAGAGACAAGGCGGUGGGAUGAGGUGCAUGAAAGAGGUGUGGCAAGGGGAUCCGCAGCAGCAGAUGCUGGGGCGGCAGGAUGGGGAGGAGAGGGAGGUGGCGGGGCGGGAGGAGGGUACGAGGCGUCUUACUGGCUGUGGAGGGGCGGUGUGGAUGACACAGCAGACUGGAUGGAGCUGUUGGAGGAGCAAGUGAGGCUGGGACAAGUGAGAGGGGGAGAGAGUAGGGGAGGGGAGGAGGAGGAGGAGGAGGAGGAGGAGGAGGAGGAGGAGGAGGAGGAGGAGGAGGAGAGAAGGGAGGAGGAGCAGCAGCAGGAGGAAGGGGAGGAAUGGUUGGAAGGGAGCAAGGCAGUGGCAGCAGACACGGUGCACUGUUCUCAAGAUGCACUGUUCCCCUCGCCCAUUUCCCACCCUUGCCCCCAUCACCGUCCCCACAUUCUCAUCCCACCCUACUGCAGGCGACAUUUGGUGGCAGCAGACGCAGCCGUGCUGGUGGCAGCAGACACGGUGAGAUGCCUCAAGAUGCACUGCGGCAUCAUGGGGACGCUUGAGGCCUUGAGGGACCUCUUCUUCAUCGGUGGAGUAUCGGUGGCGCCUGUGUUCCUGGGGGAGCUGUGGAAGCAGAUGCACACCAACGUGCUGCUGCCGGCACACACCACCGAAUCCCUGCAGCAACUCAUGGAUGGUUUCCUCGCUACAGCAGCACAUGGCCACACCUCUCCUCCACCCUUCAAUACAAUCACUGUCACUCUACACAACAAACCCUCUAACUCCCCCACUUCCACAAACACACACUCUCUCCUCCACUCACCCUCACCCUCCACCACCCCAACCAUUGAUCUAGCACCUGCCACACCAUCAAAUUCCUUUCUUCCUUACACCACUUCCGUUGCCGCGCCUUCUGCCGCGCCUUCUGCCGCGCCUUCUGCCGCGCUUUCUGCCUAUGCCAAGCCGUUCGGCUCCCAACCUACUAGCACGGCCGAACCUGCAACUCCCGCCAGGUUCACUGCCCAUGCCGGACCUGUACCCCACGCCAUACCUCCAGCCUCGGUGUCAUCCAAACCUUUCGCCGGACCUACUGGACCCUUUUUGCUUGCCGGACCUAUGGGUCGUGCCGGGGCUGGUGGCGCGUCAGGUGUCAAGGCCUCAACAACCAUGCCCAGGCCUGGAGGUUCGGGGAGCGGAGGUGGUUCGGCGAUGCAGGUUCGGGUGACAGCAAUGAUGGAGCUGCUGGAAAGAAUCCACAUGAAGCCUGAGGAGCGGCGGUGCUUCCGUGUCAUGCCCAUGGCGGCGCAGAGGGAGCUGCUGAUGGUGCAGCAGAUGCAACACGCCCUGCACGCCAUCCACUCCUUCCUCAUGGCCAAUGUGCGUGGACAUCGCAUCACACUCUCUUCCCCCUCAUCACAUUCUCUUCCCCUCCUUUCAUCACACUCCCGUCCCCCUUUCCUCCCUGGCGGUGACAGCAGCAUGGCACGAGCUACAGGCGGCCAUGGGCAGAGCAGCAUCCGGGGUUGGGUGUUGAGUCAACUCCAAAGUCCCGUCUCCCGUUCCUCACAUUCCCCUCCCUCUCCUCUCCCUUCCCAGGCAGUGACAGCAGCAUGGCACGAGCUACAGGCGGCCAUGGGCAGAGCAGCAUCCGUGGCAGCAGUGGUGCAUGCACACCACCACUACCUGCACUCCAUCCUUGAGGGAUGCUUCCUCGUUAACUCCACCAACAUGGUCAGUCAGUCCACGUCAUAA